UUCUCGCGAUAUGUAAACUCAGACCUUUCUCUUUUCCACGCAAUCGACAGCCAUCGUCUCGUGUUGUCACGGGGACUUAAGGGGCGCGUCAGCCGCCCUACUAGGGCGUGUACUUAUCAAUCGCUCGCUUGCCCUUACCCUCCGUUCGGUACCGACUGACCGCCGCGGCCGCACUCAAGAACGACAACGAAAGCCGGAAGUCCCGACGAUCGGCUACCGCCGCGGCCGCACUCGAAUCGCAGAAAUGAGCGGAGGCUUCCUGAGAAGUGGUGGCCGGAGAGCACACGGCCUCCUCCUCCGCCAGCUUCGACCUUCCCCGUUGUGCGGUGAGCUCUCCAAGUCCUCGUCGGCGCCUGUCAGAGCCUACAACCGCUCCCACCUCCUCUCCUCCAAGUUCAAGCAGACCUCGACGGGGCACUCCCCCGCCUCGCCUUCCCUGUACUCCCCUUCCUUGUCCCCCGCAACCGCCGCCGUAUCUUCUUCUUCUUCGAUCCGGAAUGGGUUCGUGAGUUGGUACCUCGGCAUGAUCGAAGCCCGCCCUAUCCUAACUAAAAGCCUCACCGCGGGGGCUAUCUUCACCGCCGCGGAUAUCUCUUCUCAGCAGAUAAUCACACUCUCGUCCUCUGACAGUCUAGAUCUCAUAAGAACACUGCGAAUGGCUGGUUAUGGGAUGUUCAUUUCAGGACCAUCUUUGCAUUUCUGGUUCAAUUUUGUUUCCAGAGUUCUACCAAAACGAGAUGUUCUUACUACUUUCAAGAAGAUGGCUCUUGGACAAGCAAUCUAUGGGCCUAUAAUGACUGGAGUUUUUUUCUCGCUAAAUGCAGGAUUACAAGGUGAAACUGGUGCUGAAAUCUUUGCCAGGCUAAAAAGAGAUUUGAUUCCUACUCUUAAGAGUGGGGUUGUGUACUGGCCUAUAUGUGACUUCAUUACCUUUAAAUUCAUCCCUGUUCGUCUGCAGCCCUUGGUGAGCAAUUCAUUCUCAUUUCUUUGGACCAUCUAUAUCACAUACAUGGCAAGCUUGGAGAAGGCAGACGUGGAAAAGAUAUCGACUGACUAGAUUGUCUUCAUAUCUCAGCCUUAUCAUUCGGAUCCUUCCAAAUUUUGUAUGGCAUGAAGAUACUCGAUGCAUUCUGAAAAAUGAGUGCAAGUCAUAGAAUUAAAGAACCUAAGUCUUGGCUAGUAUCAAGCAUUAUAGAACAUCGUCAAUCUACGAAAGAUUAUCAUGACCAAGAUUUCAUUGUCAAACUCUUGCAUUACAUUUUUUCUAUUAGUAAGUUUUCUAAAUCA